AUGCCGUUCGGAAAUUUGGUAUUGACUGCACUCGCAUCUCAUUCAAUCAACGGAGAACACAGCACGGACGCAAUGUCGUCAAAGCUCAUCCCGGACAACCCCUCGGAUGUGAUGGUCAUUCGUCAUAUCACGCCGAAUGUCGUCACCCUAUCAGUACCCUUCCUGCGGUUCGGGAGGCUGAAGAUUGGCGGCCGGGGGACGAUCGUCAAACUUACCUCGGGCGCAUUGGCCGUCUUCUCGCCUGUAGCCCUGACCCCCGAGGUUAAGGCCACGUUGGCCGACCUGGGCGGCAACCUGCAGUUCAUCGUAGCCACCGACGCGGAGCACCAUAUCUUCAUCUCGGACUGGGCAAGGGAGUUCCCCGAGGCCAAGAUCAUCGGGCCCGAGGGCCUGCCCGAGAAGCGGCUCAAGGCCCAGGACCCCAAGAUUGGCAAGGAGAAGUUCUUCGCCGUCUUUGAGGCCAAGACGAAGCGCGAGACCAGGAUCACGAAGGAGUUUGACCGGGAUUUUGAGUACGAGUACGUCGACGCCCACCCGAACAAGGAGCUCGUCUUCUUCUACAAGCCGGACAGGGUCCUCAUCGAGGCGGACCUGAUGUUCAACUUGCCGCCCACGGAGCAGUAUUCGCGUGUCCCGGAGGAGGGGAGGAAGGACGGCGCGCUGGGGAAGUUGUUCUCCAGCUUCCAGUCGACCGAGGGCGCGGCCAAGGGCCAAAAGCGGUUUAUCUGGCAUGCGUUGAGUCGGUCGGAUCGUUCCGGUUUCAACGACAGUGUCCAGAGGAUCCAUGGUUGGGACUUCACGACCAUCAUUCCCUGCCAUGGAGACUCUAUUGAAGCCCCAUACAUCCCGUCGCCAACGCUACAUCGACGGCUGCUGAACCAUUUCAUCUCGAGAGCUCCCUCCCCCGAGAAUGCCCCGCACCCGCCCCGAUUCACCCUAGCCGUCAAAGACAACAUCGCCACCACCGACCCGGCCCUCCCGACGACAUGCGCGUCCGCCAUCCUCGCGGGCCACCGUAGCCCCUUCGAGGCGACGGUGGUGACCCAGCUGCGCGCCCGCGGCGCCGUCCUGGUCGGCAAGACCAACCUCGACGAGUUCGGCAUGGGCAGCCACUCGACGAACUCGGCGGCGGGGCCCGUCGGCGUCGGCAGCGGUCCGUGGUCGGCGGGGGGCAGCUCGGGGGGCAGCGCCGUGGCCGUGGCGCAGGGCGAGGCGGACGUCGCGCUGGGCACAGACACGGGCGGCUCGGUCAGGCUGCCGGCCGCGUACGUCGGCGUCGUGGGCUUCAAGCCGUCGUACGGCAUGGUCUCGCGCCACGGCAUCGUGCCCUACGCGAACUCGCUCGACACCGUGGGCUUGCUGGCCAGGGAGGUGCGGACCAUUGCGGACCUGGUCGUCGGUGGAGGGUUGUGUGCGGAACACGAUCCCAGGGACCCGACUUCGCUUUCAGCGGCCGCCCGGAAGAGAUGUGCCGCUGCCAGGGAGGGCUACUGCGUCGGCGAGAAGGCGCGACGGUCCCUCGCCGGCGUCAAGUUCGGCCUGCCGCUGGAGUACAACAUCGAAGAGCUGGAGCCCUGCAUCCGGGACGCGUGGUCGCGCACGGCGAAGGCGCUGCAGGGCCUGGGCGCGCGCGUCGUCCCCGUCUCCCUGCCGUCGACCCGCCACGCGCUGUCGGCCUACUACGUGAUCGCGCCGGCCGAGGCGUCCUCCAACCUCGCCAAGUACGACGGCGUGCGGUACGGCAGGAGGAACGACGACGACGGCGCCACCGAGAGUGACGCCGCCGGCGACGGCGGGGUCCUGUACUCGCGGACGCGCGGCCGCGGGUUCGGCGACGAGGUCAGGCGCCGCAUCCUCCUGGGCUCGUACACGCUGAGCUCGGAGGCCAUGGACAACUACUUCAUCCAGGCGCAGCGGGUGCGCCGGCUGGUGAGGCGCGACUUCGACCGCGUGUUCGCGCUGCACAACCCCUUGCUCGAGCCCGAGACGUUCGACCUCAGCGAUCUCGGGGAAGACGUGGUGCUCGAGGACAAGCUCGGCCCCGCCGAGGUGGACUUCCUGCUGUGCCCCACUGCGCCGACGCUGCCGCCCAAGCUGGGGGACGUCAUGAAGCAGACCCCCGUCGACGCCUACAUGAACGACGUCUUCACCGUCCCUGCAAGCCUCGCCGGGUUGCCUGCCAUCAGUAUCCCGGUCCCCAUUACUUCGAGCACAGAGGCCGCCGAAGAGGGCCGCCCGAGCUACGCUGGGUUGCAGCUCAUCGGCCAGUACUGGGACGAUGCUCGGUUACUUGCCGUGGCUGAGGCCGUUUUGGACACUGCCGUGGCCUGA